AUGGACGAAAUCAAAGAGUUGCGUCGUUUACUUCGGGAGGAACAGCGUCGACGCGAAGAAGAACAACGUCGACGCGAAGAAGUUGAAGAAUUAGCAAAAGCCUCGUUUCCACUGGACCUCCAGCGGUAUCUUGAGGCCUGCCAUUCGCUUGAUCUCUCUAUUGACGUCGUAACAGACCGAUCUUUGACUACGCAAGGAGAACCCACCGAUCCGACCGGCCGCAUCUUUCCUAAACGAAUCAUCCCUUGGGACAGCUUUGCAAUGAGACAAGAAGAAAUCUGGAACGAUCUCUCAAUCAGCGACUUGCUCCCUAAGCCCGCAUUUCCAUCUUACCAUCAGAUGGAAUACGUCAAGUCAUUGCUCAGGCCUAUUAGUAGUGAACAUGGGCUCCGGAACUUCGAGCGCGAUGUAGUAGAAAACGCGGUUCAGAAGUUAGUCGAUCGAGCACACAAAGAUCCAUUAGUACGAAAUAGUAUUGGUCUCCAGGGAAUAGUAACGUUCGAGAGCCAUACGAAUCUCGGCACGAUAAACGACCCCAUAUCUGCGUCCAUGGAGCACAUGUCGCUGAGCAGAGAUGGCGCCGAUGCUACAACGCAGGUGCAACUGCCGCCAGCUCCUAAGGCUCGUCGCAAAGCAAGAGGCAAGGGAAAUCGGGCGGACCAGUUCUGUAUAUAUAGGACUUCGGACGGCCAAAGUGCCCCAACUGUCGCUAUCGAAUACAAGGCACCGCAUAAGCUUAGUCUUGAUGACAUCACCACUGGGCUUGAGGCGGAAAUUCAGCCGGAACGUGAUGUGAUUAACAAAAGUGGCCAGGGCUUUGCUUUCACAGCCAGACGCCUCGCUGCUGCCGUCAUUACUCAGCUUUUCUCUUAUAUGAUCGGCAAAGGCAUUCAGUACGGCUAUGUAUGCACUGGACAGGCAUUCAUCUUCCUUCACAUUCCAGACGAUCCUACCAAAGUUUACUUUUCAGUAUGCGUGCCUAAUUUCGACGUAAUGGACGAUGAUGAGACAAGGCUCCAUCGCACAGCUGUCGCGCAGGUUUUCGCCUUCAUUCUCCAGUCUCUCCGCGCUAGACCACCGCCUGAGACGUGGCAUGAUGAGGCUGAGACGCUUGGUAUCUGGGAUGUCGAGUUCGAAGAUAUUCUGAGAGAUAUCCCGCCGUCGGAGCGUAAACGCAAGGAACCACGUGCCUCCCCUUAUAAGCCACAGCGUUGGAAGGGAUUUCAGAGAUCGCCAAUUCGCACUCGCUCCAGCUGCCAGCAACCGAACAGAAGCGCUAGACGACUAGAGGACGAUGACGAAGAUCCUCCUUCUCCUACGCCGAAUCCACCUCGCACGGGUGGGAGAGCGUUCUCUUCGGCGGACACGAGCUCGGGUAAAAGGAAUCAAGGACGGCGCAGAGGCCAACAGAAAGAGUUAGGUCCAGGGAAGAAGCCGGAUAUACAAAGCCGCCCAUUUUGUACUCAACGUUGUCUCCUGGGGCUAGCAUAUGGAGGACCUAUGGACAAAAACUGCCCUAACGCAGGCUAUCACGGGCAAGGGCAAAAGCGCAUUAGUCGACUAGAGUUUCUGCGGCUCGUCCGACACCAGCUUGCUGUAGACCGCGGACGGGAUGCGGAUUGCGUGCCGCUCCAUAGAUCUGGUUCUCGUGGGUCACUCUUCAAGGUGCGGCUGACAUCGCACGGCUAUACACUAGUGGCCAAGGGCGUGGAGGGCCUAGACCUUGCCUGCCUGCAACACGAGAACGAUAUGUAUGACCGACUCCAGCCCAUCCAAGGGAAGUAUGUCCCGGUAUGCCUCGGCACUAUUGGCCUGGUCCGACCAUACUAUUAUGACAGCGGGGUUUAUACGCACUUCAUGUUCCUCAGCUGGGCUGGACAGCCGAUCUUUGACUGUGUUGACCGGGCCAUGAAAGCGGGCAUUGGCAGUACUGUUUCCGUGGCGUUCAAGGCAAUACACAAUCUGCGUGUUCUCCAUCAUGACGCAGAGCCUCGCAACAUUUUAUACGAUACAACAAGCCGUGGGUUGAUGAUUGUGGAUUUCGAGCGCGCGGAGUUCCACGGCCGCCAGCCUUUAGCCCCAAUGCCUAACGAGAACCGGAAGAGGAAGCGUCAGACAUCACAAAAACCAAAGAAGGAUGACUUUGUGAGAGAGCUGGAGUAUGCUGUGGCAAGAGCAUCGAGUUGUAUCGCAAACUUGCCCAAUGUCGAGGAACCCUGA